AUGGCUGAAAAACCACCAGGACGCACCAUUGAAGAGUUUUUUGCGGACAUCGAUACGAACAAAACAGGCAAAGUGAAUGCCGACGAAUACUUUGAAGGUGUAAAAAUGUGGCGUCGAGACAUAGUUGAGAGUGACAAAGCCAGUCAGACCCUUUUAUUCAACUUGGCAGAUUUGGAUGAUGACGGUGAAAUUGAUAUUCGCCAGUUUGCGCGUUUAAUGGCGAUCUUAAACAAAGGGUUUGGGAAAGAUGCGAAAAGUGUAUUUACAACAGUCUUCCUUCUUCUCGACAUUCAUGACAAAGGCAAAAUAGGUGAAAAGGAGUUAGCUCGUUUAAUGAAGAAGAUGGGCAAAGACUUAAAAAAUGAAGAAAUUGAGUCUUUUCUUGAUUCAGUAGAUGGGGACUUAGACGGGUAUAUUACUCUUCAAGAGUUCCUUAAAUUCUUCCUCCCUCCACAAGACAAAAACACUGUGCCAAGUAAUAAAAAAGCCGAAUAA